UCAAACUGGCCCCACUCAUGAAAUAAAUAGGCUUAUUUUAAUUGAUCCAGUGGACUUUUUACUGCAAGCAGUCUCAAAGAUAUCUUCCAAUAAUACAGUUUAAAGAUCCCAGUUGAGAAAUCACGCAAGACUAAUCUCUCUAACACACCUCUCAUUGGUUCCUUUGCUGAGUGAUUGCCUUGGACUCAGCUUUCAGUUUUCUUUGAGUCUAUUUCUUUGCAGGCAUUGCAUGCUGGCUGGUAUUUCUUAUCAUUAUGAAGAAAACCUAGACCAUUCCAGGACAUUCCCAGGAAGGAAUAAAGUAAAGCCUAAACUGCCAGGGAGAGAGAAACGAGAAACCAGGGCAGCUCAGCUCAGAAGAAAAGGAAGAGGUUAAACACUAUAACUUUCACAUUGAAGUAGCUGUCUUUUUUUUUUUUUUCUCACCCUGAAGGAUCUCUGCUCCAGUCUCUUCCCUUGCAGAUCAGGGGACACCCUAGACAUGGCCUCAGGGGUGCACAUGCCCGAACCACAGUGCCUCAUUGAGAACAUCAAUGGGCGACUGGUGGUGAGCCCGAAAGCGCUGAAGCUCCUGUCUGCCAUCAAGCAGCCCCUGGUGGUGGUGGCUAUCGUGGGCCCUUACCGCACAGGCAAAUCCUACCUGAUGAACAAGCUGGCUGGGAAGAACAAGGGCUUCUCUCUGGGCUCCACGGUGCAGUCUCACACGAAGGGCAUCUGGAUGUGGUGUGUGCCUCACCCCAGGAAUCCAGACCACACCCUGGUUCUGCUUGACACCGAGGGCCUGGGGGAUGUAGAGAAGGGAGACAACCAGAAUGACUCCUGGCUCUUUGCCCUGGCAGUUCUCCUGAGCAGCACCCUUAUAUACAACAGCAUGGGGACCAUCAACCAGCAGGCCAUGGACCAACUGCACUAUGUGACAGAGCUGACACAUUGCAUCAGGGCAAAAUCCUCAUCUGGCAGACAUGAGGUCAAAGACUCAGCUGACUUUGUAAGCUUCUUUCCAGAUUUUGUGUGGACUCUGAGAGAUUUCUCCCUAGAGCUGGAAGCAAACUCAGAACCCAUCAUUGCUGAUGAGUACCUGGAGAAUUCACUGAAGCUGAGGCAAGGUAACGAUAAAAAAACUAAAAGCUUUAAUGAAACUCGGUUAUGUAUUCGAAAGUUCUUCCCAGAAAAGAAGUGCUUCAUCUUUGACCGCCCUGCUCAGAGGAAGUACCUUGUCCACCUGGAGCAGCUACCGGAAGAAGAUGUGGAUCCUGAAUUCAGAGAACAGGUUGAAGAAUUCUGCUCUUACAUCCUCAGCCAUUCCAAGGUCAAGACUCUCUCAGGAGGCAUCACAGUCAAUGGGCCUCGUCUAGAGACCCUGGUACUGACCUUUGUCAAUGCCAUCAGCAGUGGGGACCUGCCCUGCAUGGAGAAUGCAGUCCUGGCCCUGGCUGAGAUCGAGAACUCGGCCGCAGUGCAGAAGGCCAUUGCCCACUAUGAGCAGCAGAUGGCCGAGAAGCUGCAGCUGCCCACGGAGACCCUGAAGGAGCUGCUGGACCUGCACAGGGACGUCGAGAAGGAGGCCAUUGAAGGCUUCAUGACCAAGUCUUUCAAGGAUGUGGACCAAGUGUUCCAAAAGAAAUUAAUGGAACAGUUAGAAGCAAAACUCGAUGACUUUUGUGACCAGAACAUGAAAGCCUCCUCAGAUUACUGCAUGACUUUACUUCAAGAUAUUUUUGGGCCUCUGUAUGAAGAUGUGAAGCAGGGAACAUUCUCUAAACCAGGAGGUUUUCGUCUCUUUAUUCGGAAGAGGCAGGAGCUAAAGAAUAAGUACUAUCAGGCCCCCAGAAAGGGGAUACAGGCAGAGGAGACCCUGAAGAAGUAUUUGGAUUCCAGGGUGGACCUGGAUGAUGCACUUCUACAGGCUGAUCUGUCACUUACAGAAGAAGAAAAAGAGACUGAAGUGGAACGUGUAAUGUCUGAAUAUGCAGAAGUUGCAAACAAAGUGUUAGAGGAAAUGCACAAGAAGAAUGAGGAGAUGAUGGAAGAGAAAAAGAAGAGUUACAAGGAGCAAAUGGAACUAAUGGCUCAGAAAAUAGAAGAGGAGAGGUCUCAGUUAAUGGCUGAGAUAAAGAGCGUUCUAAAACUUAAAAAUCGGGUAUUUAACUGUGUCACCUCCAUUCUGUCACCUUCCAUUGUGCUGAAUCAAAAACACUGCUUAGAAGUUGGAGCCUUAUGUCAGUGGAAGGACUCCUCUAGCCCCAACGCUACCAGGCAUUUCGUUCUCUCACUGCUCCUUCCCCUGGUCCACUCUGUCGCUGAAGGAGGUCUACUGGCAGGAUAAAAUCUCAUGGACCCUUCAUUAUCACAUCACUAAUGAGCCAGGGCUCUUCAUUGCCAGGCUCUGCAGGGUGGCGUUGCCGAUACUCGGUAAUCCUGUCCUCCUGUUACGUGUCGGGUACAUGAUCGCGUGUCGCGUUUCCAGUAGGAAAGUGUAAUUUCAUGAGAGAUGAGUAAGUUCUCCGGGUCCUCCCUUGUGGAAAAAUAUCAGACCUGUUUUCCCCACAUGCUGGAGUCGACCGUGACUUUGUUUCUGACAUACGUGGUAUGACUCUAUCUCUGGAGGCACCUGCAUGAGCAGGAAGGCUUCGUGGCCGUCGAUGCAUCAACCACGUAAUUAAACACCCAGGCUGCCAGGACCUUCCUGUUCUCGAGGCCCUCCUCCCAGUCUGUGCUGGGUCAGGAUGUCCACCCAGAAAGACAGUGUGGACCAGGGCAGGCUUGAUCCCCGCAGCUUAUUCCUAUCAUCUCUGCCACCAGAUUGAGGAGACUGCUACUUAAUUUCCCGAUAAAACAUCUGCUGUGAUUCUGAAUCAUGCAGUAACCUUCCUACAGGAGUUCACCCAUCAUUCUUCUUUCCUUAGAUAUGUAUUUGGAGGUUCCCACCUCGUCAGUCAGAGUUGAAGUGGGAAAAAACAGUUUUUCCAGAAAGACUGUGUUGCACCUAAGUGAAUGAGGUGAAAAAAAAAAUAAUUCUGAGCCAUUAACAUUUCAGAAACUGUAAGGGUACAACAUUUCCACAGCUAAAGAAAGCUCAGAAAAAUUUUUACAGGCAUAGGAGACUCGAGAAAGAAAAAUCUAAUGGAAGUUAAGGGAGAAAAAGAUUUUUUUUUCAUUGUUUCAGAACACAUGAGGGACUCAUAUGGGUAUGAAAUAAUUUAGCAGAUGUGGGAAGUGUUUUGCAUUGUGUGACUUCAGUCUCCACUUUCCCUUCUAGGAGCAGAAACAACUCCUUGAGGAGGGAUUCCUUCAGGAAAGCAUGAAUCUUCUUAAAGAAAUACAUAUUAUUAAGAUGAGAAGGACUGAAUUAUCCCUAAAGUGUAGCAUUCUGUAAAAAUCCAAGGAAAAAAAUCCCCUAACCAGCUUCCAUCUGCUAAGAACAAGGUGAACAAGCAACUUCAAGAUGCCAAACCAUCGCCACUCAACUAAACUUGAAAUCUUGAGACUUGCAUUUUUGUUGACCUGUAAAGUCUGCAAGGAUGAAAUAAAUAGUGAAGAUAACA